AGCUGGGACUGAGUCAUGGCAGGAAGCUGAGGAGGGCGGGAGAUAGCACCAGACAGCCAUAUAAAAAGUAGGAGACGGCCCUGAACUUCCCAAUAGCACUGACAGCAACCAGAGAAGCAGACUUCAGCAGACCAGCCCUUCCAAUCCAGAUCUGCCUGAUAGGACCCACUUUCUGGGUGGCCCGUGACCAGUCCUUGCCCCAGGAUGUGGACCAUGUCCAGAGCAGCCUUGGUCUUGGUCUGUUUGGCCGUAGCUUCUGCAGCCUCUGAGGGAGGCCUCAAGGAUCCAGGACAGAGGGAGCUGAGGCCAGAGCACCUUCAAGAAGUUGGCUAUGCAGCACCCCCCUCCCCACCGCUGACCCACAGCCUCCCCAUGGGUCACCCUGACAACUUUCAGCAUGGCCCUCCCUUUGAGCGACAGAGUGAAGAUGGAGAGGAGGGAAGAAGCCCCCUCUCCUGGCCUUGGCUAGGAGAAAGGAUGGGCUGCUCACGCACUCCCCCUUCUGUAGUGCAGCCCCCGCCCUCUCAGGAAGCCACCCCUGUCCAAGAGGAGGAGCUGCCUCCUCCCCAACUCCCUGUUGAAAAGAAAGUGGAUCCUCCUCCCCCUCAGGAAGCCAUACCCCUCCAAGAAGAGCUGCCCCCUCCCCCACUCCCUAUUGAACAGAAGGAAGACCCACCUCUCCUACAUCAGGAAGAGAUGAUCUUCCAGUCUGAUCAGAGAGAGGAAAAGCCUGCUCCGUUUGUGGGCCAGGGCUCUCCAGAGCCUGAAUCUUGGAAUCCAGCCCAGCACUGCCAACAGGGCCGAUUCCGAGGGGGCUGGGCCCACAGGCUGGAUGGCUUCCCCCCUGGGCGGCCUUCUCCAGACAAUCUGAACCAGAUCUGCCUUCCUGACAGACAACAUGUGGUAUACGGCCCCUGGAACCUGCCACAGACUGGCUACUCCCACCUUAGUCGCCAGGGUGAGACCCUCAAUUUCCUAGAGACUGGAUAUUCCCGCUGCUGCCGCUGCCGUAGCCACAAAAACCGCCUAGACUGUGCAAAACUUGUGUGGGAGGACGCAAUGACCCGGUUCUGUGAGGCCGAGUUCUCAGUCAAGACUCGAGCCCACCAGUGCUGCAAACAGCAGGGGGAGGCUCGAUUCUCCUGCUUCCAGGAGGAAGCUCCCCAGCCACACUACCAGCUCCGAGCCUGCCCCAGCCACCAGCCUGGUAUUUCCUCGGGCCCUGAGCUGCCUUUUCCCCCUGGGGUGCCCACACUGGACAAUGUCAAAAACAUCUGCCACCUGAGACGCUUCCGUUCUGUGCCACGCAACCUCCCAGCUACUGACCCCCUCCAAAGAGAGCUUGAGGCUCUGACCCGGCUGGAGGGAGAGUUCCAGCGCUGCUGUCGCCAGGGGAACAACCACACCUGUACAUGGAAGGCUUGGGAGGAUACCCUUGACCGAUACUGUGACCAGGAACAAGCUGUAAAGACCCACCACCACUUGUGCUGCCACUACCCUCCUAGCCCUGCCCGGGAUGAGUGCUUUGCCCAACGGGCUCCCUACCCCAACUAUGACCGGGACAUCUUGACCCUUGACAUCAGCCGAGUCACACCUAACCUCAUGAGCCACCUCUGUGGAAACCAAAGAGUUCUCACCAAGCAUAAACAGAUUCCUGGGCUGAUUCGGAACAUGACUGCCCACUGCUGCAACUUGCCAUUUCCAGAACAGGCCUGCUGUGCAGAGGAGGAGAAAUUAGCCUUCAUCGAUGAUCUGUGUGGUCCCCGACGUAAAUUCUGGCGAGACCCUGCCCUCUGCUGUGACCUGAGUCCCGGGGAUGAACAGACCAACUGCUUCAACAUCAAUUACCUGAGGAAUGUGGCUCUAGUAGCUGGAGACACUGGGGAUGCCAAGGGCCAGGGGGAGCAGGGCCCAACUGGGGGAACAAAUAUCAGCCCCACCCCUAAGCCCAAGGAAGAAUGAGUCACCCCAGAGCCUUGGAGGAUCAGAUGUAGGGAACCCCACCCUACCCCACCCUCCUCAAACACUCAUUACAGUAAACACUUCUUGGAUUUGGUGUUCCCCUUGUCUAUAACACCACACACAAACACACCCUCCUAAGCUUGGAUGAUGUUCUGAGUUGGCCACAGGAGAUGAGCUGCUUGGAUUUCCUUCAGUGAGGGGCCCCUGAGGCCCACUGCCCUGCUGCCACUGACUGAGCAGAUGUUCCACAGGCUGUGUGAUGGGACCAUAACUAAAUGGCUUGACUUCA